UGCACAAGGAGUCAUUCAUAUGUCAGCAUGUCCGACUACGAAGAAUAUGAAUACGAUGAGAAUGUUGCUCGCAAUAUUAGCCCGGAAAGACAAAGCUCUUACGAAGGCAGUAAUGUUUCUUCUACAUUGGAGUCAAAUCAUGCAAGUGAUGAUGAAGAGAACAGCCAUAGUACUGUACAUAGGAAGAAAAGUGAUCAAGCUGGAUUUCAUAGUGGAGAGACUCGUGAUGAAGAUAAAGAUGUUGAGGUUGAAGGCAGCUGCUGGUAUAACCGUUGCUGCUUUUCCUUCUUUACUUUUGACCCAGAGCUUAUGGAAUCAAAGCCGAAAGAUAAUGACAACAUAAGGGGGAAUUGUAAAAAGUGUCUCAAGCCAUGCAGUGGACAGGUUCGAUCAACAACCAACUGGGUGAGGCAUAUCAAGCAGCACCCAGACUUAUAUGAUGAUUAUAAGAAGAAGAAGAAGGAAAGAAAACAAGCUAGAGAUAGUGUGACUGUGUCAUCCAAAACGGUUGCUGCCAGAAAGAAAAGAGUAGCUGUUCGUCAAUCUCUCCUGAAUUUUUCGUCAUCCAAGGCCCCAUCAAAGCUAUCUAAAUUAGAACAGAGCAAAAUUGAUGCUGUUAUUGUGAACCUCAUAAUAACGAAAGCCUUUCCACUUAACACCGUCAAUGAUCCAGCUUUCAUUGCCCUUAUCAAUGGUCUUAACCCAAGAGCUAAUGUUAUGGGUGCCAAAAAGUUAAGGUCACUUAUCGACGAAGAGAAACGAAAAUUCGAAAAGGAAGUUACUAGUGCCCUUGCAGCUGCAAAAUAUGUGUGUUUAACCGCAGAUAUGUGGUCAACAUCACAUCGAGCAUGGAUUGGCAUCACUGCUCACUGGCUUGAAGAAAACAAUUUGACAAGAAAAUCAGAAGCUCUAUGCUGCAAGAGAAUGACCGGUAGGAAGCUAAAUUUUAUUGUAUUUUCCAACAGAAACGUCUUAUAGUUUAAUGUUAUAGGUAGCCACACGUUCGACGUUAUCUCAAAUUUCAUUGAAAAUGAAAUAAAAAGAUUCGAUAUAAAAGGAAAAGUAUGUUGCAUCGUCACAGACAAUGGGGCAAACAUAAAGAAAGCAGUCCAGUCCAUGCAGGACGAUUACAAGGAAAGGUUGAAUGACAUCCGAUUACGUAAACUGGAAAAGGCUAAAUCUAUUCGAGAAGAAAAAAGGAAAGCCAAAAAGGCGAAAAA